GCCUCUAGGGCCCCACCGGCUGCUACUUGCCAUUGUCACUCGACCUGGGUCCUCCGUGUCGGUCCUGGGCUGGAGGAGGGCUAGGUGCAGUGCCGUAGGAGUCUGCGGGCCCCAAGGAGGGCGGCGGAGGGCCUAGGCGGGGGGCGCGGUCCCGGCCGCUCGGUGGACCCGAGCGGGCCUCCCCGGCCCUGGGAGGAGGAGGAGGAGGAGGAGGAGGGAGUCGCGAUGGAUGCUGGGGGCAGAGACUCACUUUCUGAGAGCUCAGCCCUUUUUGGUACUGAAAAUGCAAAAGAAAAUGGCCCGCCUGAUGGUCUGCCCACCCCUGGGUCCCAGAAACCUUUGGUGAUCAGGGAUAUGGCUGCGGCUCUCAGCCAGUGGGGACAGCUGGACCCUCCUCAGGGAGAUGUGCCUGGGAAGCCUAGGAAUCUGGUCUUGCUGGGCCUUCCAAUUUCCAAGCCUGAUGUAAUCUCUCAUUUGGCACAUGAAGAAGAGCUGGAGGGAGAAGUCUCAAAAGCAGCCAGUUCAGACUGGGAGACAGUACCAGAAAGUAUAGAACUAACUGCAGAGAAGGAUUAUUCUGAAGAAUCAGCCCCUGGGGUGUUAAUGGAAAGAUUUCCAAAGGAAGGUUCCAGUGAAUGUGAGGACUCUUUAAAGAAUCAGCAAGAAAACCAUGAAAAACAUCUAAUUGAAGAAGUUGUCACUCACAAGAAACUUCCUGGGGAGAAAAGUUACCAAUGUGGUGAACUCAGAAGAAAUUUUAAUCGGAGGUCAUUACUUGUUCAGCAACAGAGAGAGAGAUUUCGUAGUUGUGAUUCAUUUAAAAAGAAUUUAAACCAAAAUUCAGAAAUAAUUAGACAUGAGAGACUUUGUGCAGGAAAGAAACCUUGGAAGUGCAAUGAAUGUGAAAAGGCCUUCAGUUACUACUCGGCUUUUGUCUUGCAUCAGAGAAUUCACACUGGAGAAAAACCCUAUAAAUGUAAUGAAUGUGGGAAAGCCUUCAGCCAGAGCAUACACCUUACUCUACACCAGAGAAUUCACACUGGAGAGAAGCCCUAUGAAUGUCAUGAGUGUGGGAAAGCCUUCAGUCAUCGCUCAGCCCUUAUUCGACAUCAUAUAAUUCAUACUGGGGAGAAGCCUUAUGAGUGCAAUGAAUGUGGGAAGGCCUUCAAUCAGAGUUCAUACCUCACACAGCAUCAGCGGAUUCAUACUGGAGAAAAACCUUAUGAGUGUAAUGAAUGUGGGAAAGCCUUCAGCCAAAGCACAUUCCUUACUCAGCAUCAGGUCAUUCACACUGGAGAGAAACCUUACAAGUGUAACGAAUGUGGUAAAGCCUUUAGUGACCGUUCAGGCCUUAUUCAGCACCAGAGAACUCAUACUGGGGAGAGGCCUUAUGAAUGCAAUGAAUGUGGGAAAGCUUUUGGCUACUGUUCAGCUCUGACUCAACACCAGAGAACUCACACUGGGGAGAAACCCUAUAAAUGCAAUGAUUGUGCAAAGGCUUUCAGUGACCGUUCAGCCCUCAUCCGUCAUCAGAGAACACACACUGGAGAGAAACCUUACAAGUGUAAGGACUGUGGGAAAGCUUUCAGCCAGAGUUCAUCGCUCACAAAACAUCAGAAAACUCACACUGGUGAGAAACCCUAUACAUGUAAGGAAUGUGGAAAAGCCUUCAGCCAGAGUUCAUCCCUUUCUCAACAUCAGAAAAUUCAUGCUGGAGGGAAAAUCAAGGAAUAUGGCUAAGCCUUUAGUGAGCAUUCAGCCUUUGUACAACAUAAGAGAAUUCAUACUAAAUAAGUGGCACAUUCAGAAUAUCAUCGUAGAAUAUUU